GGGAGUCUCCGGGCCGGAGCGGGAAAAGCCGCACGAGGCGUGGCAACACCGUUUCUACCCAAUCAGCGCGGAGCUGAGGCGGGACUUAUGCGCAAAAAACCAAUCAACGCCGGAGGCGCGGGAGGAGCGCGGCGAGCGCGCCAAUGGAGAGGCGGCGCCGGGCGGCGUCAACCAAUGGGAGGCGGCGCGGGGGCCGUGAGGGCGGCGGGGGCGGCGGGGUGAGGCGGCGGCGCUCGCGUCGCUCGGCCCCUUUCCGUGUCGGCCCUCGCAGAGGGAGCAUCGCGCGCUGCCGCCACCGCCCGGCCCGCCCCGCCCCGCGCCGCGCCGCCGCCAUGGCCAAGGCCGAGUCCCCGAAGGAGCCGGAGCAGCUCCGGAAACUUUUCAUCGGCGGCCUGAGCUUUGAAACCACAGACGAGAGCCUGCGCAGCCACUUCGAGCAGUGGGGCACCCUCACUGACUGCGUGGUGAUGCGGGACCCCAACACAAAGCGCUCGCGGGGCUUUGGGUUCGUCACCUACUCCUCGGUGGAGGAGGUCGAUGCUGCCAUGAAUGCACGGCCACACAAGGUGGAUGGCAGGGUGGUGGAACCCAAACGGGCCGUGUCCCGAGAGGACUCGCAGCGGCCCGGGGCGCACCUGACGGUGAAGAAGAUCUUCGUGGGCGGCAUCAAGGAGGACACGGAGGAGCAUCACCUGCGGGAGUACUUCGGGCAGUACGGCAAGAUCGAGGUCAUCGAGAUCAUGACCGACCGCGGCAGCGGCAAAAAGCGCGGCUUCGCCUUCGUCACCUUCGACGACCACGACUCGGUCGACAAAAUCGUCAUCCAGAAGUACCACACGGUGAACGGGCACAACUGCGAGGUGCGCAAGGCUCUGUCCAAGCAGGAGAUGGCCAGCGCCUCGGCCGGCCAGCGAGGCUGUGCCCUUCCUCCUCCUCCUCCUCCUCCUCCUCUCCUAGGCCGCAGCGGCUCCGGGAAUUUCGGCGGCGGCGGCCGCGGCGGUUUCGGCGGCGGCGACAACUUCAACCGCGGCGGCAACUUCGGCGGCCGUGGUGGGUUUGGCCGCGCCGGCGCUUACGGCGGCGACGGAUUUAAUGGAUUUGGCGCUGACGGUUACGGCGGCGGCGGCGGCCCCGGCUACUCCGGGGGCAACCGGGGCUACGGCGGCAGCGGCUCCUAUGAUGGCUACAACAACGGCGGUGGUGGCUUCGGCGGCGGCAGCGGGGGCCGGCGGCCGGCGCGGGGACCGGCGCUGGCCGUGCGCAACGGGCUGGCUGAGGCGGGCACAGGCAGCAAUUUCGGGGGCGGGGGCAGCUACAAUGACUUUGGCAGCUACAACAACCAGGCCUCGAGUUUCGGGCCCAUGAAGGGCGGCAGCUUCGGGGGGCGCAGCUCGGGGCCCUACGGCGGCGGUGGCUACGGCAGUUCCAGCGGCGGCGGCAGCUACGGAGGAGGGAGAAGGUUUUAAUGGCCAGGAGCCGGAGCUGGGCGGGAGCCGGGGCAGCCCCUGGAGCCAGCGCCGGGCCCGGGCAGAGCCCCCGGGACCCCCCGGGACCCCCCCGGGACCCCCCGGGACCCCCGGGGCCGCUGUGAGGUCGCCGUGUCCAGGUCCCCCCGUAGUUCCCGAGCGGAGCGGCCGGAAUUCCCUGCCCUGUGUCCUGUACCCUUCCCCCCACCUCCUCAAUAAAUGUCUCUUGGGUUUUUUUUUUUUUUUUUUAAAUUAUUUUUUACUAUUAUUAAUUUUGGAGGCGAGGGGGAGGGUGCUGCUCUCUCCCUGAUUGGUUGCCUCAGCUGUCAAUCACAGCCUGGCUCCACCCUCCCCCCUAAGCCCUGCCUCUCUUUUGUCACCCUGGGUGUCCCCAGAGUGUCCCCAGGGUGUCCCAGCCCCCCGACCCCCCCCCCAAUCACUAAUUCCCCCCUUCCCUUUUGUAGGAGCCACCGGCCCCGGGAGAGGAG